GUCACUCUCCCCGCGCGUGUCCAUGCUUCACCUGCCCUCGCUGUCUCGCCCAUGCGAGGGAAACAGAACAAAAACGAGGGCUGUACCUCAGUGGUUUCGAAGAAAGGCACGGUUUUGCUUUUCUAUAAAGACGGUUUUCUCCUAAAGCGCUGUGUGAAACGAAGGAGGGGAAAGCAGACAUGUGCGCAGACAUGAACAAGACUUUCCUGUGUAAAGACACCGCAAUGACAGUUGUGGUGGCUGGAGGGGCUCUCCCGUGGAUGGAGACCAACUUUCCAGAGCGCAAUGUCAGCCUGGGGCUCUCCACCACCCCUCUGGACUUCCCCAUCAACCCGUGGGAUAUCAUGCUUUGCAUGUCGGGCACUGUCAUCGCCUGCGAGAACGCCAUCGUGGUGGCUAUCAUCUUCUAUACGCCAACCCUGCGCACACCCAUGUUCGUGCUCGUAGGAAGCCUAGCCACAGCGGAUUUACUGGCAGGCAUGGGAUUAAUCCUCAACUUUGUGUUCCAGUACGUCCUCUCCUCAGAGACUAUUAGUCUUAUUACUGUUGGGUUCCUAGUGGCCUCCUUCACGGCGUCCAUAAGCAGCCUGCUGGCUAUAACAGUGGACCGGUACUUCUCUUUAUACAACGCACUGACUUACUUCUCAGAGAAGACGCUCCACUACGUGCACCUGAUGCUAGUGAGCACAUGGGGCGUGUCUCUGUGCCUGGGCCUGCUGCCUGUGCUAGGCUGGAACUGCCUGGACGACCCAAGCUUGUGUAGCAUCGUGCGCCCACUCACUCGCAGCAAUGUGACAUUGUUGGCGGUCUCUUUCUUCAUAAUCUUCAUACUCAUGCUGACCCUCUACUUCAAGAUCUGCAAGAUCGUGUGCCGCCACGCGCACCAGAUCGCUCUUCAACAGCACUUCUUCACCACAUCGCACUACGUGGCCACCAAGAAGGGUGUGGCCACGCUCGCCAUCAUUCUAGGCACCUUCGGCUCGAGCUGGCUACCCUUCGCCAUCUACUGCCUGGUGGGAGAGCACGAAUACCCGUCGGUAUACACAUAUGCCACGCUGCUUCCGGCCACCUACAACUCCAUGAUCAACCCAAUCAUCUACGCCUACCGUAAUGCCGAGAUCCAGCGCUCGCUCUACGUCCUCUUCUGCGGCUGCUUUCAGAGCAACUUAGCCAUCCACUCCAGGUCACCCAGUGAAGUUUAG